UGACAUCUUCUAGGUAUUGUAAGAACUGUUAAUACUAUCGGGCUGACCGUCAUCAGUAAAACAGAGAAACAAACGAUGCCAUCGUGGUGCAGAUAGAAGUACAUAUGGCCACACAGCUGUAUAUCAAUAUUUUCCAGUGGACACGAUAGCGCUUAGAGCGUGUUAUGUGUGUUCGACUUACGCGCGAUUUGUUGUGAAAUGAAUGCGACGAUUCGAUGCGAUCUUAUGCCGUGAUUGCACUGUUCAAGCGUGCCAUAUCGCGGAUUCUGAGGGACGUGCCCGAGUUAUGAGCACGUUGCCGCUGUCAUCCACGAAACGAAACGAGCCGGAUUUCGUCGAGACGCAAAUGACACGCUUGACUAACUAAAAAUGCGUCUGCCAACGUGGAAUCUCCUGGCGAUACCGUUGUUACUCUUCGGUUUCUUUACUCCUGUGUCAUACAGCUUGGAGGUGAUAUAUGCGAUAAAUGCGGGCGGCGAGUCGCACACAGACAGCUACGGCAUACGCUACGCCAGGGAUCCCUUGAUGGGGAAGGUCGGCACCGCAUCCGACUACGGUAAACAAUUGAUCAUAGGACGUAUCAACAACGUGGACCAAAUCCUCUACCAGACGGAGCGUUAUCAUCACAACACCUUUGGCUAUGAUAUACCAAUCAGUCAGGAUGGGGACUACGUCAUGAUACUCAAGUUUUGCGAGGUCUACUUCAACUCUCCCAAUAUGAAGGUCUUCGAUGUAGUAUUGAAUGGGGACCAUACAGUGGUUACUGAUUUGGAUAUCUUUGAGAGAGUCGGUAGAGGUAUUGCACAUGAUGAAUAUGUCCCAUUCAGAGUACAAGGUGGAAGAUUAAUAUAUAAUGACGAGGAAUCUGAUAUCCUGGCAGGAAAGAUAAGAGUAGAAUUCAUCAAGGGUUAUAGGGAUAAUCCCAAAAUAAAUGCUAUAGCUGUUGUAAAAGGAGCAUUAGGAGAUAUACCGCAGUUAGGGCCGAUACCACAAGAUCCGGAGGAAUAUCACAGUAUGCAGGAAGACGAGGAAGAAACUACCGUGCGUAAUCGACAUACGAGUGGACCCAGAACACCCGAUCCAUACUUGAUAGACGAUUCGUCUAUGAUGUUGCCUCUCUUCAUAGCCGUCGGUGCUUUCAUCCCUGUACUAUUCUGCCUAUGUAAAUUAUAGAUAUUAGAAAACACACACACACGCGCGCGCGUACACAUACACAUGCAUAGAAAUGCCUUGUACUUAAUGACAACUGUGUUCCCAAUUAUUUAGACUCAUUCAAUUCGUGAGAGGGCAUCUAGACAUGUACAUAGCUCAUCAAUAAUUUAUGCUUUACAGUUGCGUCAUGUCAGACUUGUAGUUAAAAUAUUUAUUGUUAAUUUAUAAUUUUCUAGAUAUGUAUAGGAUGCCUCUGACUUGCCGUACUUUCACUUACUUAUUACUCAGAUUUUCUGAGCACCUUAGCUGUUUACUAGAUAUCCUUAACGAUUAUUUUAAAUGCGUUUUGUUGAAGAUUAAUCGAAAAUUUUAUAUUUAUACAUAUUGAGACAUGAAAACAAACGAUAAGAAUCCUUUCCAUUCUUAUAAUAAUUUCUUUACUCAUUUCCCAAAAUUAAUAAGAGUGCAAAGAAUUUGAAGUGCCCGAUGUGAAAUGUUUCAGCUCUGCGGUUUUAAUUUCGCGAUUUAAUUUUUAAGUUUUUAGAGUUUUCCUUUUGUUUUUAUUUGGCUUAUUUUUUUAUUUUGUAAGGAAAAUCUCGGCGGGUGUCAAAUUAAAUGAUUCGAUGUGACUUCGUAAUGUGUUAAACUUUCAGUUUACUUAUUACUUUUAAAAUCGAUUCAACGUCCCGAGGAUGUUACAGCUAAAUGCAUAAUAGGAUUUGUCGCUCGAUCGCAAUAACAAUAUUUCCAAGUUUAAGUUCCGUAGAGGAUUAAUCUCUAUCAUUGGAAUAUUAAGAUCAGCAGUUCUGAGACAAUUUGCAUAUUUAUUCUGUAAUAGAAUAUUAUGUCAGUAUGUUAAAGCUCACGGAAUUCUUAAGAAGACGUUGCGUCUUGCGACGGCUUGCGACUGCUGGAACACAUUUACAAUUUGUUGUAUGUUGUAUUUUUCAAACAUCGCGUUUUUUUAUAAUUCAUUAUAAAUCGUGAAACAUUUUAUACACAUUUCCUUCAUCCCUUCUCUUUCUCUCUAUUUCUCCCUUCCUCACACGGAUUCAAUCCCAAAGAGUUUAGAUACGCCGACAGGAUACACGGAUUAUAUGCGAUUUUAAUAUGAACUCUCUAGCAUAUAGAAUCGUUGCCGAAAUUCUCAGGAUUAAUCGUGGGCGACAGUCUCGUAGUCCAUUACGUACCAAAGUAACAUCAAUUUUUUGCACAUCGAAAUAAAGAAAACUGUUACUGAAACAA